AACAACAGGGGGCGCUACUGCUCUGGCAGCCACUGUUCUUACACCAACAAAAACAUGGCGGACCCAGACAAACCAAAAGCAGCUACUUGUACGUUUUUGUUUAAAAAAUCCACCAAGAAAUUCUCCGGAAGAAAACGAAAAGCAAGUGACAGCGAUAAAGAUGGCGAUAGUGACACUGAACAGACUGCUGUGGUCAGAAAAGAAAAGAAGGAUGCUCGAGUCAACCCCAUGAUUCAAAAGACAAAAAAAGUGGAGAGGGACGCUGUGUCUUCUAGUGAAAGCGAGGAGGAAAAGGGAGACAAAAAGAUAACGGUUGCUUACAAGUCUUCCCGAUCAGCGAAACCCGAGGGGCCUGAAGACAUGGGUGCAACUGCCACUUAUCAGCUGGACACAGAGAGAGACAAGGAUGCUCAAGCUAUUUUUGAGAGGAGUCAGAAAAUCCAAGAGGAGCUAACGGGUAAAGAAGAUGAUAAAAUAUACCGUGGCAUCAAUAACUACCAAAAAUUCAUCAAGCCUAAAGACACCACCAUGGGCAAUGCCUCUUCAGGCAUGGUCAGAAAAGGACCGAUUCGAGCUCCUGAACACCUGAGAGCUACAGUCCGGUGGGACUACCAACCGGAUAUUUGCAAAGACUACAAGGAGACGGGUUUCUGUGGAUUUGGGGACAGCUGCAAGUUCCUCCAUGACAGGUCGGACUACAAACACGGCUGGCAGAUUGAGAGGGAACUGGAGGAAGGGAGAUAUGGAGCAAAUGAUGACGAGAACUAUGAGGUGAGCAGUGAUGAUGAAGACUUGCCCUUCAAGUGCUUCAUCUGCAGAGAAUCUUUUAAAAAUCCCAUCAUCACAAAGUGUAAGCACUAUUUUUGUGAGAGCUGUGCUCUUCAGCAUUAUCGCAAGUCAAAGCGCUGCUACGUGUGCAACACUCAGACCAAUGGUGUCUUCAACCCCGCUAAAGAGCUGAUUGCCAAGAUGGAGAAACGCAACGCUUUAGCCGACCAGCCACCGUCAGACGAAGAAGAUUAGAACACGCUUUAGAACCCUCUCUGUGUUUGUCUGUGUACAUUUCUAAUAAAGUUCAUGGCCUCGG